AUGGCUGUUAUGUCUACUCCAAGGUUGCCUGGCCAAGGGCUCGGUGACCCAGUUCUGCUGGACAAGAUUGACCGGCUCCUAGCCUACAACCUUGGUGAAUACGUCAACUUGCCCCAGCUUGUUGUUGUGGGAGACCAAUCUAGUGGAAAAAGCUCCGUUCUUGAGGGGCUUACCAAGUUGCCGUUCCCUAGAGAUAGUGGACUUUGCACUCGGUUUGCUACUCACAUCAUCUUCCGACGGAUCAAAGCGGACACAAAGAGGACUGUCACUGCCUCUAUCGUUCCAGGACCCGACAAAGAAACAGAGCACGCUUCUCGCUUGGCAGCAUGGAAAGGAGCCAAUAUGGAAUCGCUCGACCCCGAAUCCUUCGCUGAAACCAUGGAAGAGGUUCACCAGACCAUGGGUUUAUCGGGCUCAGAAACCGACCCUUCCAAGCCCACCUUCACUCAAGAUGUCUUCCGGUUGGAGAUCUGUGGACCCGAAGAAGAUAAUUUGAGUAUCAUUGAUGUCCCAGGUAUUUUCAAGAACACUACGUCUGGUCUUACUACCAAGUGGGAUAUGGAAAUGGUAAAGGAUAUGGUCCUGGGCUACAUGCGCAACCCUCGUUCUAUCAUGCUGACUGUGGUCCCCGCAAAUGUGGACAUAGCCACACAAGAGAUUCUCGAGAUGGCGCGAGAGUGCGAUCCCGAGGAAAUCCGCACACUGGGAGUGUUGACUAAACCCGAUCUAGUAGACAAGGGUGCUGAAAACAAGGUCAUCGAUUUGGUUGAGGGCAAAUCUCAUUCCUUGGCGCUUGGCUGGAUUGUUGUGCGCAAUGCCGGCCAGCAACAGCUACUUGAUCAGAGUUCUGACCGAGACUUGGUCGAGGCCCUGUUCUUUCGGGAGAAUCACCCAUGGAGCAACCUUCCGAAGGACAAAGUUGGAAUUCAUGCCCUCAAGGUUCGCCUGCAAGAGGUGCAAACAACCCAAAUUCGUCGAGAGUUUCCCAAGAUGCGUACCGAUGUUGGUCGGAAGCUGAAGGCCAUGAGGCAUGAUUUGUCUGCUCUUGGAAAUGAGCGAAGUACCCCGGAGCAGCAGAGAAGCUUUCUGCUCGAUGUCAUAACGAGGUUUCAAGAUAUUGUUUCACAAGCCAUGACAACUUCAUACGGCACACGCGAAUUGUUCGACAAAGAGAAGGAUACCCGACUAGCAACAAUAGUCAGAAACCGCAUGGAAGUUUUCAAGUCCGACAUGGAAGACUAUGGGCUUGAAUAUCAGUUCAUCAGUAAGAUUUCCGAUAUCCCACCGACACUGAUGGAAGGCGAGGAGUAUCAGGAAGAUGAUUGCGGAAUCCCUGUUCGUAAGCACAUGGGUGUGUCUGACAACAGUGGCGCUAUUGAUGGCAUUCUUCACGAGCAAGAGAUUGUGGAAAAGCCCACAACCGACAGCAUUCUUGCAUGGAUCGAGGACCAGUAUCGCACUUCUCGCGGAUUCGAGGUGGGGACAUUUCCGUCAUCUUUAUUGUGCACCAUCAUGAACCGGCAAUCUGGGAAAUGGACCGACCUCGCGCUCGGAUAUGUUAGCGAUGUGAUCGAAAUCAUGCAUACCUUUAUUCUCAAAGUCCUUGGAGUCAUCUGUCCGGAUGAGCAAAUUUGCGACAAACUGGUGAGUGUCCUUGCUGAUGAGCUAUCGAAGAGAUACAGAGAAGCAAUGGAGCAGGCCAAGCUGGUUCUUGAUGUCGAGCGCAUGAACAUAAUGACAUUGAAUGACGGAUUUUAUGAGAGCCUUGAGGAAACCCAAAAGAGAAGCCACCGGGAGAAGUAUGAGCCUACUGAUGACGAGGCAAAAGCUCCAAUGAGCAACACCGAGAGCACUGUCCGUUACAUCCAUGACAUCUUGGCCGCCUACUACGAUGUUGCAUCUAAGCGGUUCGUCGACAACAUCUGCACGCAAGCCACUGGCUACUUUCUGCUCACCCGGCCACGCAAGCCGCUUGGACUUUUCUCGCCUCAGUUUGUUGCGAAUCUGACGGAGGAUCAGUUGACGGAGAUUGCGGGGGAGAAUGCGGCGCUGAGCCGGCGACGUGCACAGCUGAAGAAGGGGAUUCAGGACUUGGAAAUUGGUCGAAAGAUUAUGAUGUAG